AUGUCAAACGAACCCCUAUUAUCAUCAUCAUCAUCAUCAAUUGCUGUGGUAACGGGCGCAUCAUCAGGUAUAGGCUAUGAACUUACCAAACAGUUAGUCACCAAACUAAACUACACAGUUUAUGCCGCAGCUCGAAGAACAGGACCGAUAGAAACAUUACGGGAUGAAUUAGCGGAGGGAGCGAAAGAUAAAGUUAUUCCGGUCAAACUAGAUGUCAGUGAUCUACAAAGUAUUUUGGAUUUUAAAAAUCAAUUAAACAAAGAGCUACCAGGUGGCCAAAAAAAAAUAGAUUUGUUAUAUAAUAAUGCAGGUCAAAGUUGUACAUUUCCAGCAUUGGAUGUUACCAAUGAAUCAUUAGAACAAGUUUUCAAGGUUAAUGUAUUUGGACCUAUUAAUUUAACUCGUGAACUAUCUGAAUUUGUUAUUAACGCAAGGGGGACAAUCGCAUUUACUGGUUCCUUGGCUGGUGUUUGCCCUUUCCCAUUUGCUUCAUGUUAUUCUGCAACAAAAGCGGCUAUCCACCAAUACGCUCAUGUUCUACAUUUGGAAAUGAAACCCUUUGGUGUCAGAGUGUUGAAUGUUAUUACCGGCGGCGUUGAUACUACUAUUGGUGAUACUAGACCCUUACCACCAAAUUCAAUUUAUAAUUUUAAACAAGGAAUCGAAGCAUUUAAAUAUAGACAAGAAAUGUCUAUACAAAAUAAACCCAUGCAGCCUUCGGUUUAUGUGGAAAAUGUGAUUAAAGUAUUGGGUGAUGAAAGAAAAGAUCCAAUAGAUACCUAUCAGGGUUCUAAAGCUUGGUUAAUGGGAUGGGUUUAUUAUUUAGCUCCUAAAUGGAUUUUUGAAUGGGGAUUGAUUAUACAUUUUAAAUUAAAACCUGUUUUUGAUGUGUUAAGUAGAAGGAACGGGAAAGAGAAAUGUUUUAAACAUAAUUAA